CGGCAAGAAGUCUGGCUUUGGGGGGCUCGGGGUCGAGGUGACGCAGGUGAGACGUACCGCCGAGUGCUCGUUUGGGGCUCCCGGCGUGGACGGAGCCGCUUCUCGCUUCCUCCUUGGACCGGGCGGCGUUCACCGGCCCCACGCCUUUCCUUUGGCGGGUCUGGUCCUCCCGAGAGUGCCGCCCGCCGCUGCUUUUAGCCGGGUCUUAGAGGACUCCUUUCUCCAGAGCGGCUGGGUGGGACUGUCCCACAUUCCAGCCCGUGUAUGAUCCGCGGGCGGAGGCGAGCAUCUGAGCGGGGCUCGGGAAGAUGAAGCGGCUCGCCUGGGUUCUAAAAGAAGGCAGCCGAAUCAUUGUUUCAGCCGGCUCUGCGGUUCUUCCUCGCCGCUCCUUUCGGAGGUGCGUGAGAGGAAAUUCGGAUUUACACUUAAGCCAAAGGUAUUUUUCCAAAACUGACCUGAAUUCACAUUGCUAGCCUAUACGGGAUUCAAGAUAUUCUGCCCCCACUUGAAAUCACAGUGGACAAACAAUGGCAGACACCGGGGAGGGGAAAAAAGAAGAAGCAGAUUAUAAGAGACUUCACAGCUUUCCACUGAUUAGGCAUUCAGACAUGCCAGAAGAAAUGCGAGUCGAGGCCAUGGAAUUAUGUGUCACUGCAUGUGAAAAAUAUGCCACCAACAAUGAGAGCGCUGCCAAGAUGAUCAAAGAGACAAUGGACAAGAAAUUUGGAUCUUCCUGGCACGUAGUGAUUGGGGAAGGGUUUGGCUUUGAAAUCACCCAUGAAGUGAAGAAUUUGCUCUACAUGUUCUUUGGAGGCAGCCUAGCAGUUUGUGUUUGGAAAUGCUCCUGACACAUUUUUUGCUGUUGAAGCUCAUCGCAAGCAGGAUACUUUUCCCCCUAGACUUUUAAUUGGUUUUGUACAAUUUAAAGGGCAGCUUUAUUUUUAAUAACAAAUAAUAUUGGGCUUUUUCUUAUUUAUAUGCAAGUUUAUGAGAUAUAUUUAGUGUGUAUCUGUAAAUCUGUUCGAGCUACCUAAUCCAGCUCAUAAGUGUUUUGAUUCUGAUUUUACCAAUGUGUCUUCUUGCUUAGAGGUGGGAUUGUGCAAGAGCGAUUGGGUUUAUGAAGCCAUACAUUGGAGGUAGUGUGAGAAUUUUAACCCAAGUUUGCUGCUACUUCUCCUUGCUAUCCUUCCCACUUUCUGAGAGCAGACCCAAAAAGGCAGCUUUCGUUCUGCCUGGAUGGCAGCUGCAUGAUUGAGAAACCUAAGCCAGUGGAUGGUUGCUGAAAUGAUUUUGCCUCACCACCUCACUACACCUAAAGAGCACUGAUAUAAUUUGUGUAGCAUAUGACGCAGAAAUAGAGAUAUUUUGCCUAGCAUGGGGUGCGAAUAUCAUGCCAAUAUGUUCAGAAACUGGUAAUGGGAAGAAUGGACCUGACCUGCCAGUUUCUUAUACUUCUAAGUACAAUUGUACUUCCAUUUUGUAGGCUGAUGCCAUCACAGAGGUGUUUGAUUAAUGGAAUGAUCCUAAUUGUAUUUUCUAUAUCCCUUAUUAGAAUUUGGAAUGGAAAGGGGAUUUAC